AUGUCUAUCUCUGCUCUCGACUCUCGAAUUUUCCGGAACCUCUUUGGCACAGAAGAGGUCCGUGAAAUCUUCACAGAUGAAGCGUAUGCAAAGUUCCUUGUACAAACCGAAGCCGCUCUGGCUCGGGCAGAGUCCAAAGUCAAUGCUAUUCCAGCAGACGUCGGCGAUGCGAUCACCUCAGUUCUUGGUAAUAUCGAACUUGACUUUGACAGGCUGUCGCGAGAAACAGAAAUUGUCGGAUAUCCUGUUCUACCUUUGGUGAUGCAGUUGGUGGAGAACACUCCUGAAGACCUGGCGAAAUAUAUCCAUUGGGGUGCCACCACGCAAGAUGUCAUGGACAAUGCCAGCAUGCUUCAGAUCAAAAGAGGCUUGGACUUGGUUAAACGAGACCUGAACAAACUCAUUGAUAUUUUGCAAGUAAUGGCUGAAAAAUACCGUGAUACUCCAAUGGCCGGCCGUACGCACUUGCAACAUGCCCUACCUUGCACCUUUGGCUACAAGUGUGCCGUCUAUCUAUCCAGUAUCCUGAGACACCGAGACCGGCUUCGUCAAAUCGAACGUCGAUGCCUCUUAGUACAAUUUGGUGGUGCAGCGGGUACUCUGGCUUCCCUAGGGAGUGACCGGACCGGGAUUCUUGUGCGAGCACAGCUAGCCAAAGAACUUGAGCUGGAAGACCCGAUGAUCACAUGGCAUGUCGCUCGCGACAACAUUGCAGAGGUUCUCAAUUUUCUGGCGCUAAUAGGCGGCACACUGGGCAAGAUUGCUUUAGAUAUCAUUGUCAUGUCGUCCAAUGAGCUAGACGAGGUGGCAGAGCCUUUCGUCCCUCAUCGCGGCGCCUCCUCAACCAUGCCACAGAAGCGGAAUCCCAUUUCCAGUGAGAUCAUUCUUGCAACUAGCAAGCUUCUUCGAGCCAAUGCAUCCUUGGGGUUAGAUGCUAUGGUUGUCGACUUUGAACGUGCGUCCGGGCCGUGGCAUUUGGAGUGGGUGGCAAUUCCGGAGUCCUUUACAUACGCAGUUGGCGCAUUGUAUCAAACAACUUUUGCUUUAUCAGGACUGUGUGUGAAAGAAGAAUCCAUGGAGAAAAACCUUCAUUCCACAAGGGGGCUGAUUGUCGGGGAGGCUGUGAUGAUGGGGUUGGCGCCGUUCGUUGGCCGACAACGAGCACACGACGUGGUCUAUGAGGCCUGCAAAUCAGCCAUUGAGCACGAUCGAGUCCUAUUAGAUGUGCUAAAGGAGAAUACAGAGGUAUCGGAGCAUUUCAAUGAAGCCAAGCUGACCCAGCUGUGUGAUCCAUUGAGUUAUCUCGGCUCUGGCCAGCUGAUGGUUGAUGACGUUUUGAAAAGAGUCGCCGAGGGGAAAGCGGGACUGAAGGCGAUGUAA